GAGUUAGUUUAUAUAGUAAGCAUUGGAUUUAGCCUUUAUACCUUUAGCAAACAUAUUUUCCUGCUAAAAUAGCACCUGACAUUUGUGAAAAUGGCCAAUCCUUAGUUGCACAUGCAUACGGAUGCUUCUCUUAGACAGAAUGUAUAUUAAAUAUAUAGAAAAUUAUUAAUCUUAAAUUAGUUUGUUUCUAUUAUUCUGUCUGAUAAUUAUUCUUCGUGUUAGGUGUUUUUAUCAUUUUUACUUUGAAGCUGAAGAAUUUAUACAGUUUCCAAUACUGAAUUGGAAGUACUGCAACAUAAUUCAUUUCCAGCAAUUUAGAGCCAGUUCAGAAUUUCUUGUAAUGCAUUCAGGCCCUUGAAGGCUAGUAGUUUUAGUUAAUCAUUCCAUUACUUGUGCAGUGAAACACAAAAGGAAUUCUGCCUAUGUUUUGCCAAAGCCCCCAAGGAUACCUUUCCUUUCUCAGGGAGAAGCUGACUGGUGGUGUUGCAUCUAAUUUGUCUUGAUUCAUUGCUGGAUAAGCCAACAAACUCAUGUCCCAGUGGAGCAGACGUAUUGCAGAGCCUGUUUUGCCAGCUUGACCACAUACUACUAUUCUUCUCAAAUUCUAUCAAGGUGGAAAUGUACAGUGAUGAAGAAUCUAGCCGGCUGCUGUCCCAUGAUGACCGGCUCCUUGAAAAAGAGGACAGCGUGAUUGUAGAGGAUUCCCUCUCUGAGCCCCUUGGUUACUGUGAUGGGUCAGGACAGGAACCGCAUUCCCCUGGCGGCAUACGGCUACCCAAUGGCAAACUGAAAUGUGAUAUCUGUGGAAUGGUGUGCAUUGGCCCAAAUGUACUGAUGGUGCACAAACGCAGUCACACUGGUGAGAGACCAUUCCAUUGCAAUCAGUGCGGUGCCUCCUUCACCCAAAAGGGCAACCUCUUGCGCCACAUCAAACUGCAUUCAGGUGAGAAGCCCUUCAAAUGCCCUUUCUGCAACUAUGCUUGCCGGAGAAGAGAUGCACUCACCGGUCACCUCCGCACACACUCAGUCUCUUCCCCCACAGUUGGCAAGCCCUACAAAUGCAACUAUUGUGGUCGCAGCUACAAGCAGCAAAGCACGUUGGAAGAGCACAAGGAACGCUGUCACAACUACCUGCAAAGUCUUAACACUGAACCACAGUUGCUGGCUGGCCAGCAAGGUGACGAGAUGAGAGACUUGGAGAUGGUGCCGGACUCCAUGCUUCAUUCCUCAGCAGAUCGGCCGGCCUUUAUUGACCGACUAGCAAACAGCAUCACCAAACGAAAACGCUCCACACCUCAGAAAUUUAUAGGAGAGAAGCAUAUGCGGUAUAGCCUCUCCGAUAUGGCAUAUGAUGUCAACUCCAGCUUUGAGAAAGACGUGGAGAUGGUGGCUGCCCACCAUCCCAUGGAUGCUAGCUUUGGCAGUUCAUUGUCAUUCAUGGGAGCAGAACAUUUACGCCCCCUCAGACUCCCACCCACAAACUGCAUCUCUGAGAUCACACCUGUCAUCAGCUCUGUCUACACCCAAAUCCAGCCCCUCCCAGGCAGGUUGGAAAUUGCAAGUAGUCGGGAAACUGCCGAAAGCCACGAGGACCUUUCUGAUGGGACACAGAUUGUGUAUCGGGCAUCACGGGAGCCAAGCAUGGUAUCACCUAGCAAUGGUUGCCAGGAUUCCACAGACACUGAGAGCAUCCAUGAGGAGAGGGGCUCACAGCAGCAGCUGCUAUCCAGCAUUGGGAAUUGCAGCAGCAGCCGGCAGAGUCCAGCCUACGCCAAAGAGGACCCCAAAUUGCAGGAGGGCAUCAUUCCCACCACUACUCGGUCAACUCCCAGUUCAGCCAAAGAAGCCCUACGUGUGGUGAAUGAUGAAGGGGAACAGGUAAAAGCCUUCAAAUGUGAGCACUGCCGGAUCUUAUUCCUGGACCACGUCAUGUUCACCAUCCAUAUGGGCUGCCAUGGCUUCAGAGACCCUUUUGAAUGCAACAUCUGUGGCUAUCACAGCCAAGACCGGUACGAGUUCUCUUCCCACAUAGUGCGAGGGGAACAUAAAGUAGGCUAAUUUUACUCUGUCCCCUUAUUCAUCUCUUCCCAUCACUAGUGCUCUAUCCUAGUUGGGCAUGGAACUGUUCAUUUCUUUUGUACUCCUUUGCACUGACUUUGGCUAAAAAAGAGAAAUGUAAAAAAAAAAAGAACCCUAAGUUUUAAAAAAUCCAAUGAACUUGAGACAGGGAGGAGCUCAUAACAUUUUGCCUUUCUCUAUGGUGUGUUAUUUAAAAGUUGAUAAUUAAUUUUAAAAUUUGUUUUUUUCUCUCACACUUGUAGUUAUUUAUUAACUCCUUCCUUCCUUCCUU